UCUAGAUCGUUCCGCGUUUUAGUCGUAGGAGAAACGUGUUGUUAAAACAAGUUGUUAUUUAGUUAUUAAAUUGUAUUUCAACUAAAACAAUAGUGUUUAAAUUAACACCGAAAGUAAAAUCCAGUAAAAUCCAAUUAUAGGUACUUGACGUCAUCUUCUAAUGUGUCAUUUAUUACCAACUUUUAGUUGACGAGAGCUCAAUUUCGUGACAAUUCCUAACGAUGGAAAUAAAAAUUCGCAGUGUUUUCUUGUAAACGUAACAAAAUUAAUCACAAAAAAAACAUGGGUAAUAUCCAUUGCUUUCGUGGAUUGUGUAAAAAAGAUAUAAUUAAAGAUAAAUCGUUAGAUGGAAUAAAAUUAACAAUAGAACAUUUAAAGGAAAAUUUAAGAAGAGAUGUACGCACGCGUGAUUUAUUUCGAGCUUCGAGGCACGAUGGAAGAAUUAAACACAUAGCUAACGAAAUUGGUAAAGGUGGAAAAAGUGUUAAUAAGGUUUUGGAAGAUUGUACGUUAAGGGAAGUUGCGGCAGGGUUACAGUUUUAUUUAAUUUCAUUAAAAAAACCGUUGAUUCAGCCGCAAAUUCAAGCGUUAGCGUUGGAUGAAAACCCAGGUGUGCCACCUGAAACCAUAGCACAAGAUAUCUUAGGUCUCCUAAAAGAUAGUUUGGAAGGAAACCACGCAAAUUUAAUAGAAGCUAUUCUAGAUCUUCUAUACAGUGUGGUUACCUGCGCCCCUGCUGAUGAAUUAGCAGGAUGUUGUGUUCCCGUCAGCAUGUUACCAAUUUUCUUCCAAUUAAGAACGGAACAUAUCACUCAAUGGAGAAGAGUUGCAAUGAUUUUCGUCGAAAUGAUAAAAUUAGCACCGAGUUAUUUCGAAGUCGAUACUGAAGAUAGCGAUGAUGAACGUGAUAACUAUGCUUGGAAUUAUUAUUAUAGAAGAGGAGUGGUUAACAAUGCUUUAUUACAACAACGUCUUCUAGAAAUGAACGUAGCGUUGCGACGUUACGUGUUAAGAACAGGAAAUAGAGGAGAUUGUAGCUGUUUUGAAAUUUUUACCCCCCCACAAAGAAAUUUGAGGCGAAGAAAUAUCAGGCAAUUCCCUUAGAACAAGAUAUUAAGAAAAAAACGAAAACAUAAAGAACUAAUUUAAAAAAAGUACAACUGUAACAGUUAACAUUUUACAAUUAGUUUCAAUUACGAUCUGAAAAUAAAAAUGUUAUAGUCUAAGUUUCAA